CAAAGUCAGUUUGAAACAUUUCCUGACUUGGUUUUGUUGUGUGUGGCGCGUAAUUCAUGUGGUCCGCAAGUUUGCUUUUAAUUCCGAUUAUUUUACAAAGUUUGACAGUCGCAAGAUAAUGGAUAUAUCCCUUGACGUGUUCGCUGGAGUGAACGACUUUUGUGAAAAUUAUACUCCUGAGGCAAUAAAAUUGUCAAAAUCUCAAAUCGAUGAGGACGAGGAGGCAUCAGAUUCGGAGGCUGAAGCGUUCUUUUUGAAUGGGAAAGGAAACAAACCGAAAAAACAACCCAAGGAGCCGAAAGUCGGGCGGCGAAAACGUGGGCCUAAAGCCAAGGAUACUCUCGACAGGGAGUCGUCUUCGGAGGAAACUGAAGAAGAGCCAUCGCCCCCAAAACAGGGUAAAAAUCAGAACAACAAGGAUGACUACAUUCCAGACGUUGAGGAGAUUGUUAUCGAGGAGGUUAGCGAAACUGGUCGUCCGAAGCGUACAGUUGCGCGUCCAAUUCGCCUCGUAGAGGAAUACAUGCAGAGACAAACGGCAGCAAUCCUCCAGCAACAAGCCGCCGUGGUGCCUAGGAGGGGAAGAGGUGGCCGGCGAAGGAACACGCCCCAGACAGCUUGUAACGCUCCCAUCGUUGGGGUGAUUGAUUUGGCAGGUCCAAAGACGCCCCCACUGCCUCCAUGGAGCAGAACUUUUUCGGAGAAAACCGUGAACCUCGAGUCAGAUGAUGACUGCAAUUUCUCGAGUGAUAUUUUGAAUUCGUCGUUCGACUUGGAGAAUGAGACGCUCUCCGUGAAAGUCAAAUGGGGCGACAAGAUUGAAAUGGUUCCUCUGAGAAAGCAUCAAAAGUUCGUCGACAUCAUGAUGGAAUUCGCAAAGAAGAAAAGCGUAGACCCGAAGGAUAUUCUCCUGAAUCUCAACGAGCGAAUAAUCGAACCGGACGACACGCCAGACUCAAUUAACUACAAUAUCGCGCAAUUCAUUUCUGGACGCAUUGUGCCCAAUGCUAACCACAUAGUACCUGCGAAGAAGAAGGAUCCCAACAUGAUCAAAGUGAAAGUUCAAUCGAAUGCUUUCAAGAAGCCGCUUUCCGUCCAUCUGCGCAAGGACCAGCCGUUCAAGGAUCUCUACUUCAAGUGCUGGGAGGAGUUGAAAAUUCCAGCGGAUCGCAUAAAGCUCAGUUUUGACGGGGAUCAACUGAUGCUGGGCGAUACGCCUAAUGACUUGGAAUUCGAAGGGGGAGAGGUCAUAGACUGUCGGAUUACUAAAAAAUGAUUGGCUGUUCGAAUUUUUCGUAUAUUUGCAAAAAUUUAGUUAAGUUUAGAAGAUAUUUACUGUAAAAUGUUUGCUUCUUGCUAUCAAUUGGGUUUCUCUCUGUAUUUUUUAAAUUUAUUUUGUUAAAAAAAAACAUAAGCUGUAAAUA